CGACCUCCCGCGAGCGGGGCGAUUUGCUUGGCGGCUACUGGAGAGCCUGGGAGUUAUGGGUCUAUGUAUACUUCCCAUCAUUAGCCCCAGAGCUGGAGGUGGUAGGGAUUCCCGUGACCCCAUAUUCAUUGAUAUUCGAGGGCCCGCACCGGCCGAGGCCUCGAGAGACCCUCCUUCGCCUGCGACAGUAUUUCGACACUGUGCGACAUUCAGAGAUUACAUGGCAGCCCUGGGUGUCCCUGGGUGACGGCCUCCGACUUCAGUAUACCGGAGCGUCGGAUAUCUCCCAAUAUAGGGUCCUGCUCGAAGGGCCGAUUGGCAGGGUAUGGUUCUUGGGUGAACGCUUUCUGCGCCAGGUAUGGAGGUAUCUUUCUCAGGAUAUUCCCGCAGUACCUCCAGCCAGUAUGCGGACUGCUGACAGGCUCUCUUACUCAGAGGUAGUCGGCGCCAUGCUGGGUACUGAUGCCUUGCUAUAUAUUGAGGAGGGGGACUACGCCACUUACGGUCACAUAUAUUUGAUGCCUCCAUUGACGGAAGCUCGUAUCCCGAUGAUGAGGCCCGCCGGUAUGUCAUCCUCGGACCAGGCUCGGGCUCGGGCUGCAGACGCCCCUUCUACUAGCAGGGCCGGUACGUCUAGAGGUGGGAGUAGACCGGUUCCUCCGGCUCCGUCGGUUCAUCCUCAUCCCGGAUGGCCAGAUAUGCCUACUGAGUUGAUGGCAUGGCAGUAUGGGGCUAGCUUUCCGACUCCGAUUCCACUAGAGCCUCCGAUGCCCAGUGAUCGAUACGCCAUUGAUCCGGACUCACCGCCGGUAUGCUCCACUUCUUUUCAUUCAUCAUUCAGAUGUUUAGAUACUCUUCUGUUCACUGAUGAUUAUGAGCUCAUUUUUGCAGCCAUCCCAAGGAUGCCUACAUGGUCCGGUCAGCCGCAGGCUAGGCCACCUGGGCCUCAUUGGGGAGCUGGGCCAUCUGGGUCUUUUCAUGGAGCGGGGCCGUCUCGGCCUUCCCGAGGAGCCGGGCCUUUUAGGCCUUUUCGGGGAGCUCGAGGAGGGCCUGUCCGCAGACGCAGGGCUCACGUUGUGGAGGUGGAGCCUGAUGAGGAGGAGGAGGAGGAGGCCACAGAUCGUCAGUCCGAGACGUUCGCCGGGGAGGAGGAGGAGGAGUCUGAGGGGAAUCCUGAGGAUGACGACGCUGACUCAGAUGAUGAUGAUGAUGCUGUGGAGAUCGUCCCGCAAAAGAGGACGAGGCUUGCUUCUCGUUCCCGCUCCCGAGGACUUUGA